AUGUGCCAAGACUCUGACUUGCUCAGCAAUUGCACUUCUGACUUGCAGUGUCCAUCACAGUGUCCAUCACAGUGCUGCAGUGAACAGUACGAUGGCUGUGUUGUUGAUUAUAAUGACGGCGCUCAUAAAUCUACCUAUUACCAGACACUCUUCAACAGUGUCAAUAUUCUUAUGGGUAUCGGUCUUCUUGCUUUCCCCUUUGCAUUCAAGCUCUCUGGUUGGAUUCUGGGCGUGGCAUGUCUGUGCAUUUUGAGUGGGGUUACGCGACAUACUGCCAAAGUGCUUGCCUUGUGUCUAGAUUGGACCCCCGAUACAGCCGACACGUCUGAUACGACCAACACAGCUGCGUUUGGACUUUCAGGCCGUAAUUUCAUUUCUUUUGUCUUUGUUCUUGAGCUUUGUGCAGCAUCUGUUGCACUGAUUAUUCUCACUGCUGACUCCAUUGUCGCUCUCUUCCCCAUGCUCGAUUUGGUUGUUGUAAAAAUAUGUGUUGUGGCUAUUGUUGUGCCGAUCACGUAUCCCCUGUCAUUGAACAUGGCUUCGUAUGGGAGCAUUGUUGGUAUUAUUGCAUUGCUAAACUUGCUUAUAAUUGUGAUGUUUAAUGGUUUGUCUACUACUGAAAGUCCAGGAUCACUGAUCGUUCCUGCCGAUACAAACAUAUUUCCUGAAUCAUGGUACUCUGUUCCCUUGGCAUUUGGUCUGAUUAUGGCUGGAUUCUGUGGACAUUCUGUGUUUCCUAAUCUGUAUCGUGACAUGAAGCAGCCUGAAUACUACAACAAAGUAGUCGAUCAUACUUAUAUCAUCAUUACAGCCACGUACCUUCUAAUUGCUUCAUUUGGCUAUCUCAUGUUCGGACCAUCGACCCUGCAGGAGAUCACUUUGAAUAUGCCUUUUGUCAAGUCUUACAACAAGGUAUUGACACAAGUUACGAUUUGGCUGGUUGCGCUCAACCCCAUUACAAAAUACUCUUUGGCGAUUUCUCCAGUGAAUACACAAAUAGAGCGGUCGAUUGCAUCUACGAUUCCCUGGAUGUGUCCAAACCCAUCAUGUCCUCCACUGGCACUGCGUAUUGUUACUCGUACCAUGGCUUCAAUGGUAGUUCUUAUAAUUGCUAUCCAGUUUCCAGGAUUCCAUUCACUCAUGGCCAUAUUGGGAAGCUUUUUUUCUUGCACCGUAUCCAUCGUCUUUCCUGAAAUAUGUUUUUUAAAGCUCUAUUGGAGACGCAUUACACGGUGGAGGAUCUGCUUUGAAAUAAGUGUGCUAGCAUUUGGACUGGUGUUUGGCACUUUGGGUACAGUUUGGGCGAUGCUGCCCAACACAGUACCUAAAUCUGUAAUGUAUCACAAUAAAUCGUGA